AUGGGCAACUGCUCUCAAAAGCAGAGCGGUUCGACCGUCGGCUCAUCGGGAACCAGCUUUUUUUCGAAUUUAUUCCAUAAGGCACAUAUCGAUCCACAUGCUCUAGCACAGACAUGUCCGCCACCGCACGGUGGUGAAAUGCCACUUGGUGAGUGUGCGGUUCUUCGUGAUCGUCCAGCAAUGCGUUUCGACAGUCGUCUCGUUUGUAAAUACGAAGUUUUGGCAGUGGUCGGAAAAGGAAGUUUCUCACAAGUGCUGCGAGUUCAACACAGAGUCACCAGGAAAUAUUAUGCGGUGAAAGUGGUGAAUGGAGACUGUGGAGCAGUGAAUAAUGAGUUGAAUAUAUUGAGUCGAAUGUCACAUCCAUUUGUUAUUCGGCUGGAAGAGGUCUUCAAAUCCUCGUCGAAACUAUUCAUAGUUAUGCAAAUGGCAUCCGGCGGUGAGAUGUAUGAUCGGGUCGUUGCGAAAGGACGAUAUUCGGAAGAAGAAGCGAGAAAUGCGUUGAAAAUGUUGUUGACCGGUUUGACAUAUCUACAUUCCAUUCGGGUUACUCAUAGAGAUCUGAAACCAGAAAACUUGUUAUACUCGGACGCUCGACCGGAGGCACGUCUUCUAAUCACAGACUUUGGACUAGCGUAUCAAGCAACGAAACCAAAUGAGACGAUGACAGAAACGUGUGGAACACCGGAAUAUAUUGCACCGGAGCUCUUGUUGAGAGUACCGUACACACAGAAGGUCGACAUGUGGGCCGUGGGUGUAAUUGCCUAUAUCCUAAUGUCCGGAAUCAUGCCGUUCGAUGAUGAUUGCAGAAGUCGACUGUAUACACAUAUUAUUACGGCUAAUUACGUUUAUUAUCCACAGUUCUGGUCUGGCUCCGAAUUGGCCAAACAGUUUGUGGACUCUCUUUUGGAGACAAAUUCAGCAGAACGGCUUAGCGCUUCAUCGGCCAUGAAGCACGAGUGGCUGACUGGAGAAAGACCGACAACGUCACAGAAUAGACCACCAACACGGCCUACUUCCGAGUAUAAUAGCAUGCAGAGGACCAAAUCGACUCGCUCAAUCCGAUCAGUGACCCGAUCCGAUCACGGUCAUCGUGUGGACCCGCGAGAGGUCGACGAGCUGGCAAAUGACUUGAAACGGGUUGCACAAACCACCAAGAAUUACGGUGUCUUUUAA